CCGCUGGACACUAGCCCCCUCCUCUCGGAAGCCAACGCCGAGCGGAUCGUGGCCACGCUCUGUCGGGUGCGAGGGGCCGCCCUCAAGCUGGGGCAAAUGCUCAGCAUCCAAGACGCCAGCUUCCUCAGCCCGCAGCUGCAGCGGAUCUUCGAGCGUGUCCGGCAAAGCGCUGACUUCAUGCCGCGCUGGCAGACCACUCAAGUGCUGGCGGAGGAGCUGGGCCCCGGCUGGCGGGAGAAAAUGUCAGCUUUUGAGGAGAUGCCUUUCGCUGCCGCCUCCAUCGGGCAGGUGCAUCUUGGGGUGCUGCGGGACGGCACCGAAGUGGCCGUGAAGAUCCAGUAUCCUGGCAUCGCCCGGAGCAUCCGCAGCGAUGUUGACAAUCUCCUCUCUCUGCUCAAGAUGAGCGUGGUGCUGCCGGAGGGCCUCUUUGCUGAUAAAUCCCUGGAGGUCUUGCAGAGAGAGCUGGAGUGGGAAUGCGACUACCGCCGGGAAGCUGAUUGUGCCCGCACCUUCAGGAAACUUUUACGGGACGACCCCUUUUUCUCUGUGCCGCGGGUCGUGGACGAGCUGACGGCGUCCCGUGUCCUUUCCAUGGAGCUGGGGAGUGGCGUCCCCCUCGACCAGUGCCGGAAUCUCCCCCAGGACCUGCGAGACCAGAUCUGCGCCAACCUCCUGCGCCUUUGCCUGCGGGAACUUUUCGAAUUUCGCUUCAUGCAGACGGAUCCAAACUGGGCAAAUUUUCUUUACGACGCUGACUGGCACAGGGUGACUCUGUUGGAUUUUGGGGCGAGCCGCUCUUUCGACAAGGAGUUCACGGAUCACUAUAUUGAGGUGAUCCGGGCUGCAGCCGAUGGUGACCGGGCCAAGGUGCUACAGAAAUCCCGAGACCUCAAAUUCCUGACGGGCUUCGAAACCAAGGCAUUCGAAGCGGCCCACGUGGAUGCGGUGAUGAUCCUGGGCGAAGCCUUUUCGGGGGGGCAACCUUUUGAUUUUGGGGGGCAGGGGACGGCCCGGCGGGUGCAGGCGUUGCUCCCCAUUAUGUUACGGUACCGCCUGACCCCCCCCCCCGAACAAACCUAUUCCCUCCACCGCAAAAUGGCUGGCGCCUUCCUGGCCUGCGCCCGCCUGGGGGGUCGUGUCCCCUGCCGUGACCUCUUCGAGGAACGUUACGCCCGCUACUGGGACCCCUCCCCAAAUCCGGUGGACCCCCCACAAAUCGGGGAGACCCCUCUCUAA